CAGUUCUGAAACAGUAACUCUUCUUUCUUUCUCAGCGCCUUCACCGAAACGAACAACAAAAUGGCGACGAUCGCUGUAAGAACGAGGAAAAGCAGAAAAUCUGAUGGCAUUGCGUACAGCGAGUUGUCCUUGCGACAGAAUGCCUCCGUAUUGGACUACUGCCGAACAUCGAUGUCGGCGUUGUCUGGGGCUACAGCUGGAAUCAUGGGACUCACAGGGCUAUGGGGAUUUAUAUUCUACUUCAUAACUGCGGUCAUGCUGUCGGUUUUCUUGUUGCUGAAAGCUGGAUCAAAAUGGAAUUCCUACUUCAUGAGCAGAAGAAUCUUGUUAAGUAGUGGUUUGUUAGGAGGAUUAUUUACUUAUGUACUGUUCUGGACCUUUUUGUAUGGUAUGGUUCAUGUCUACUGAGAUCUGAAUGAGCGUCGUCACAAGAGUGAGGAAAGAGAAGCUGCCGUCAAUAUAUUAUUGGAGACACAAGCACCAAGUUUGGAUGAAAUGCUUACAGCUUUGUUGCCUUUACGACCAUGGGGAAAAACAGAGACAUCGCUGUGGAAAUGGGAAGGGAUACUGUUUGUGUCUUGAUGUUUUUCUUAUGUCUCUCUCAUAUUUUGAUGUUUCCAUAUUUAAAGAUUUUUGUCUCGUUUUUACUCCUUGGAUAACUUUUUAGAAAAUGGGAUGAGUGUCAGGUUAGGUUUAGUUUAUUCUUUUUUUUGGGGGGGGGGGGGGAUUGGAAUGGGGGUGGGUAGGGUGUAGAUUAAAAAUCAGGUCAUCAUGUUCAAAUUGGAUUGUGGAAGCUAUUCUUGGCUCACGUUAGCACAUUGACAAACUGCAAGUAGAAAUUUUUAAGGGGCAUGACGUUAUUACUUUGAAAUGAUGUUGUAAACUACAUGUACUCACUCCCAGGAAAGAGAUUCACUUUUGACCUAAGACACAUUUAUGUUUUUCAUAUUUUUCUUGCUUAUUAUUGUUUAAUUAAAGUACACACAUUUCGUUUUGAAUAACAUUUCAUUCUUGGGUUUGAAAGUUUUCUCGUUCUUUUGGGUUUUUUUUUCAAUAUUUUACUACAGAUUGUCUUAAAUUUUUAUUUGAAUGGAUAAAAUGGAAUAUGUUUUUUACAAGGAGGAAUUGAAGUCUUUUUAACUUUUUGGUUUGUUCAUUGUUGUCUUUAUAUGUUAAUUAAGGCACUGAUUGUCUAGUUCACAACUCUCUUUUGUCUUAGGUACUUCUCUGUACUUGCACAAUCAGUCCACUGCCAUUUGUUCAACUUAACUUGUCCAUUGAGGGUGGAUUAAGGACGUCAGUAGUAUGUCCUACUUUUUUCUUUUCUUUCCAUAAUUCUGUCAAUUUGUCUUGCUUUUUCCUGGCGCCCAUUGACCAGAAUUGUGUUGAUGUGCCUCUAUUAACUCCAACUCCAACUCCCAACGUACCAAUUGCUCACGUCUGUUCAUGGGCUUGCUUGCCUUGGUCUUGUAUCUUUCUGAGAUUUGUGAAUUGUAAUUCCUGACCACAGCUUCUUCUAGCAUCUUUCUCAGCAUCUUUGUUGUAGUCUUGACUACUUGGGUUUGGUUUUUUUUAAUGUGUUUUUCCCCCCAGAUCAGUUGGAACCCUCUCAGGGGGCUGAUACGGAUAGUGGUAGAUUGUGAGUGUAACGAGUGAAGAAGGAAAGAUAACUUUCUUGAAGAUUAUAGUUUUCAAUGCAUUAACACGUGGCUUUCUUACCUCAUGAUUCGGUCUCAUCAGUGGACAGUAAGAAUAGAACAAGCACCUUUCCUAUAUCUCUGCAAUAUUGAAAAGGGUGUUGUAAUCACACAGUGUCAUACCUUGAACUUGAAUUGAUUUUAUUAUUAUUAUGUAUUCAGAGGAAUUUUCUCAUAAGAAUUCAAGAUUAUCUCUUUUUUUAUCAUUCACAUGAAUUUUUUCCUGUUAUUUAUCAUUGCACAUGGUUGUUGAGAACGAUGCGUGUGUGUGUCUGUUACUUGCAAGUUGCACGAUGGAGUGAUUUGGAACGGAAUGACAAAGGAAGGUGCACAUGUUUGACUGUAUUUGAGAAGGCAUGCAUGUUCUUGAUGAUGAAGAAUUUAUUGUGCAAUAAAAGGAGAGUUCUGUAGCUGAA